AUGGAUGGUCACGGGAUGAAUGGCCAUCUCGUCUCCGACGCGGUUCGUCACAUUUUGCACAAAAAUGUUCAGGAGUGCCCCGAAUUCAACAAGGACUUGAAGCAAGCGCUUCAGAAAGGGUUCUUCAGGACCAAUUGUGAGCUCUUCCAACCAGGAAUUGACAUCACGAUGAGCGGCACGACUUGCGUGUCGUGUGUAAUCCAAGGCACGAUGCUGUACACGGCAAAUGUGGGAGACAGCAGAGCUAUCAUGGGUCGCGCCAACGGCAAAGGCGGAUGGACAUCUCUCUCCCUCUCGCACGACCACAAGCCCGACAGACCAGACGAAGAAAAACGCAUUCUAGCUGCAGAUGGCCGCGUGGGCGCACUGAAAGGACCGAAUGGAGAAGCUCUGGGGCCUGCGAGGGUGUGGAGGAAAGACUGCGACGCACCAGGUCUCGCAAUGUCGAGAUCCCUUGGCGACUCUUUAGCCGCGUCAGUUGGAGUCAUCGGGGAGCCGGAAAUCACUAUCACGCCUCUCACUCCCCAGGAUGAGUUCAUUGUGAUAGCCUCCGACGGCUUAUGGGAAUUUAUCACGAACCAAGAAGUCGUCGAGGUUGUUUCGCGUUUCCUAGACUCCAGAGAUCCAGUCGGCGCUUGUGACACACUCAUCGAAGAAGCCAAUCGCCGAUGGAAACUCGAAGACGACGUCGUCGACGAUACCACUGUCGUUGUUAUCUUCCUUGAUGUGCCCAGGAAAGGUUUGGGCGACAAACGCAGAUAG